AACAACUUAACUGAUCAGUCUUAGCGGAAUAUGCUAUAUUUGGAUGUGGAAUGACGUCACAGUGUACAUAUUUGCAUGAACAUAGGUCAUUGCGCAUGCGCUAUACAAAACGACAAUGGCGGAAGCAGAAGAACUGAAGCAAAUGGUAUUAAGUUUCCGACGGAAUGAGCUCGUGGAACUGCUUGGAUUUGUUGGCAUGAACAAAAAUGGGGUGAAGGCAACACUCCUGCAGCGAGCUGUGACUUUGAUUAACUCCUCAAGAGGCUGUUCAGUUCCUGUGCAAAUCAAAAUUAGAGACUUGUAUAGGCAAAUCCAUAAUCCAUAUGCGUCGGAGCCGCCCCGAUCACGCACCUCAUCCCGCACACAAGUCCCUGACCCCAGUUUGCUCCUGUCGAACGAUAGAAACAGAAGGUUCCCGCCAAGCACCAGUGGCAAGACACAACUACCAUCUGGCAGUUUGGGACAUGUGUCAAGUGCAAUUGUACCUGUUUUAGGUUUUUUAGGCGGAGGUUCAACCACCCCCGAAAUGAAAUUCCACAUCACGAAAACUUGUAACCUUGAAAAUACGCACGUUUACUCUCCGGCAAUAUCAAAACAUUAUUCGGCGCCCUCCAGUGUAAAUUUGCACGGUGCUGUUGACUUCUCCAAACGGUCCCAGGAGAUGUCGUCCAGUGUAGCGACCUUACCUGUGCAUCCAGACGUGAGGUUUAAGCCACUGCCAUUCUAUGAUAUCAUGGGAGAACUUCUGAAACCCACUAGUCUUGCACCAAAAGGUCUGUCGCGUUACCAGGAAACCUAUUUUGUGUUUCACCUGACUCCACAACAGGCCCAAGAUAUCGCCAUGUCUCGCGAUUUCAGACCCACUGCCAAAUGGGAGUACACAGUUCAAGUUCAGCUAAGAUUUUGUUUUCUUGAAACUAGCUGUGAACAAGAAGAUAAUUUUCCUCCAAGUAUAUGCGUGAGAGUAAAUGGAAAAGUUGCAACCUUACCUAAUCCCAUCCCGACCACCAAGCCAGGUGUGGAGCCCAAGCGCCCAGGGCGGCCUGUGGACAUCACCUCCCUGUGCAGACUGUCCCCUACCAUGCCAAACCAUGUGGAGAUCUCCUGGGCAUCCGAAUAUGGACGAGGAUUUGUUGUAUCAAUAAAUCUAGUCAAGCGGCUAACCUCAGAUACCCUCCUGAUGAGGUUGAAGCAGUUUGGAAACAGACAUGCAGAUCACUCCCGGGCUAUGAUCAAAGAGAAGUUACAUCACGAUGCAGACAGUGAGAUUGCCACAACCAGUCUUAGAGUGUCGCUUCUAUGCCCACUUGGUAAGAUGCGCAUGCAGCUGCCAAGUCGAGCGGGUACCUGCAACCACCUGCAGUGCUUUGACGCGAUCACGUUCCUCAUGAUGAAUGAGAAGAAGGCGACCUGGAUGUGCCCCGUCUGUGAUAAGCCUGCGCCAUUCCAUAAACUCAUCAUAGAUGGGUUGUUCUGUGAGAUUCUCAAGAACACAGACGAGAGCGAGAUACAGUUUGUAGAGGAUGGCAGCUGGUCAGCCAUAAAAAACAACAAGGACAGCUCCACGGAAAUAUACAACACAUCAUCUGUCUCUAACACAGCAAACUCAGAAGGAAAAGAUACAGCAGUGAAUUUGUGUGAUGGAGACUCUCCAGACAGGUCUGAAGAGCCCCCGGCCAAGAAGGUGUGUAUGGAGGUGAUAGACCUCACGCUGUCCGACUCGGAGGACGAUGAGCCAUCAACGCGGCCCCAGUCUAGUCACAACCUCAGCAGCUCAGGGUCCUCUACUCCGACCCUGGCAGCGUGUGGUGUCUCCAGCCAGCUGAGCCCCGGUCCACACAGGUCCCUGGCCCUGCCAGACUGUCCACCCAUGCCUCCCCUCCUAAACUUCAGCAACAGCAGCCUGGAGCUUACCAGCAGCAUCAACAGCGCCUCUAGUCCCUUACAGCCCAACAGAGGCUUUGGACUGGGCCUGAAUCUCUCACCACUCUCCCGCCUCUCUGGGGGUGCAAGUUCAAAUGGUUCAAUUAACACUUUUGGUGCCAAUGGUUUCUCAAUGGAGGACAGCAAUUCCAACUCUACGCAGUCGUGGUUGGCUUCUCUUAGUGCUCAGACCCAGGGACAGAAACGAGUGUCUUUGGGAUUGAGUAGCAGCGGUCAGCCCCCAUACAAGAGACAGCAUCUCGACCACAGUGGACUGGACUCUCCAUCCUCCUCCAACUCCAACAUGUCUCCACUUGUUGAAGUUGUGAAUAUUUCGGCUCGUGUGACCCGGUCCAGGACCUUGGGGAAAGAAAAUAGAUCUAGACCAGCUGUGUAGUAUACUGGAUUCUGAUCGCGAUCGAAAAAAGGAAGAGAUUGCCAGAUUUCCUACUGAUUUCUCCAUGUCUGGAUCAGCCAACAAUUCACGCUUGUCACCAGACGUGAUUGCUUUAGACUGACUACAGCAAACAUUUCACUUGACAUGAAGAAAUGGGAAUGAAUUUUUAAUAAUAAAUUCCUAGUGGUUUGAAAAUACAGAUCUGUAACGGUGGAGAAUCUUGCCAGAGAUGCAGAAGGAAAUUGUUCCUAAGGUUCCUAUUAUAAAACUUCCACCUGCCGGAAAUUUCAGAUUUGAUACAGAAUCAUCUGCUGCGAAAUUGUCCUAGAGAAUUGGAAUGGAAUUCAAUAUGAAGUUGUAUUCUGGUGGAAGGAAGAUGAACUCGCAGUUGCAAUAUCUUAGGUCAUAAUGAUAUAAUUAGACCAGGAGUAAGAUAAAUUUAUGUCAUGCUGUUAUCAAUUAAAUUGCAGAUGUUAUUUCAAUUAUAUUAACUUGCUGUAAAUAAGGUUUUAUGAACUAACAUGUUUUUUCAUACGGGUUGGCAUCAAGAGGAUCUCUUUCAGACAUUAAACUACACAAUUAAUGUAUCUAUGCUUCUUCGGUGUCACAUUUAUCCUAUCCCUGGAUGUCUAAAGCCUAUUGUAACAGGAUAAGCUCACAUUCUUCAUAGUGCCAGAAAGUGCAUUAAUAAUAUUGUAAAGACAAACUGCUUACUGAUGAAAAUUGUUUGCUAGAUAAUCACAACUUUUUAACCAGGUUUUCCGAAGGAAAAAACUGGUUAUUAGAUUGGCGAAUGCGGGCGGGCUGGCUGGCUGGCGGGCUGGCGGGCUGGCGGAAUAAGCUUGUCCGGGCCAUAACUAUGUCGUUCAUUGUCAGAUUUUAAAAUCAUUUGGCACAUUUGUUCACCAUCAUUGGACGGUGUGUCGCGCGAAAUAAUUACGUCAAUAUCUCCAAGGUCAAGGUCACACUUUGAGUUCAAAGGUCAAAAAUGGCCAUAAAUGAGCUUGUCCUGGCCAUAACUAUGUCAUUCAUUGUGAGAUUUUAAAAUCAUUUGGCACAUCUGUUCACCAUCAUGGGACGGUGUGUCCCACGAAAGAAUCACGUCAAUAUCUCCAAUGUCAAGGUCGCCACGACUAAAAAUAGAUUUAAAAAAAAAAAAAAACUUACAAAGGGGGUUAAUUUUUUUUGGUCAUUUCAAAAGUUCAGUUUGAGUUUUCUCCCUUUAUCAGAUUUUUUUUUCACAAUGAAAACCUGGUUUUGUGACAAUUUUGUCCCUUGUCUUUAUGUUGGAGCCCAUUACCCUCUGCAUAAGGUGUUUACAAAAUACCAUAUCUUACUUGGAAUUAACCUUUCGGUGUAAGCUUUUAAAACAAAACACUGUCUAAUUUUGGACAAAAUGUGACUAUUUACGAAGCAUUUGUGUGCAUUAUCGCAGCAAUUUUAAUUGAACUAUGUUUCAACUAUAUUUUUAUAACAUGUCUGCCAGGUGUUUUUUGUGUCAAGUCUUUUUUGAAACCCUUCUCAGAACAGUUAAGCUCCAUAUGGUCUUAGGUGAGCAUCUUAGGGACUUUGACCGUCAAGUUUUUAAAAUUUUUAUAUAAAUAUUUUUAAAAGUGCAGCAAAAGUUUAUAGAUCUUGUGUUAUUGUGAAUUCAACAGAUACAAGUAAACAUUGGCAGGAAAAGUGUUAUAUUUAUUUACAUAUUUAAAUAACAUGAUAUUUAGAUUGUUUAAAUAACAUGAUCAGAUAUCAGUGUGUUAAAUCCAGUAUUAUAUUCUUGAUGUUAUGUUUGCCCUAUAAGAAGCAUUGUGUUGUAGAAUUUGAUUGCAAACAUCUUUAUUAAGAUGACUUUGGUGCAGAAUGUGUUCAUGGAUGAUAUUUUAACUGACAUUUGCAUAACAAUUGUUUAAUGUUAUUCAUUAAGUAGAUCUCAUACAGCUCACAUUUCAUUGUAUCAUAGAGUCAUAACAACAGGUCAUAGUAUUUAUCUUAUGUGUAAAUAAGGACCUGUUUAACUUCAUUCCCAUGUUCCUCAUAACACAAUUGUCCAGGGACCCAUCUUGGAACAUUUAAACACCAUGAGAGUCUAAAGAAGUGCAAACACAAACACCAAUAUCUUUAAUAUUACUGGUACAUGUAUUGUAUUCUAAGGUCUGUUUUUCCUUUUCAUGGUGUCUAUUACAUAUGAACCGAACUCUCGAAAAACUCUGCUAAAUGCAUGUUUAAAAAGUGUCGUCCCAGAGCAGCCUGUGCACGCUAAAAACUAGAUAUUCGCUUAGAAGAAGCUUUAUUUGAAAAUACAUUCUAUAAAAGCAUUGUGUACUGUCCCAGAUUAGCGUUUGUGGACUACGCACAUGCAUUUUGCCAGGUUUUCCCAUAUCGUGACUCAUAUCCUUUAUUGUAGGCAUCUGGUUAUUUUUGACACAAUCAUUUCAGUUUUUGCUGCAACUUUUCUUCAGUUUUUAUGCCCCCCUUCGAAGAAGAGGGGGUAUAUUGUUUUGCACAUGUCGGUCGGUCCGUCCACCAGAUGGUUUCCGGAUGAUAACUCAAGAAGGCUUAGGCCUAGGAUAAUGAAACUUCAUAGGUACAUUGAUCAUGACUAGCAGAUGACCCCUAUUGAUUUUCAGGUCACUAGGUCAAAGGUCAAGGUCACAGUGACUCGAAAUAGUAAAAUGGUUUCCGGAUCAUAACUCAAGAAUGCUUAGGCCUAGGAUCAUGAAACUUCAUAGGUACAUUGAUCAUGACUGGCAGAUGACCCCUAUUGAUUUUCAGGUCACUAGGUCAAAGGUCAAGGUCACAGUGAGAAAAAACGUAUUCACACAAUGGCUGCCACUACAACUGACAGCCCAUAUGGGGGGCAUGCAUGUUUUACAAACAGCCGUUGUUCUUUAAGACUUGACCAUGUUUCAAUGACCCAUGUCUCAUGUACAUUGAUCAUGACUGGCAGAUGAUCCCUAUUGAUUUUCAGGUCACUAGGUCAAAGGUCAAGGUCACAGUGACAAAAAACGUAUUCACACAAUGGCUGCCACUACAACUGACAGCCCAUAUGGGGGGCAUGCAUGUUUUACAAACAGCCCUUGUUCUUUAAGACUUGACCCAUGUUUCAACAGAACAACUACUAAAAGGGUCUGAAUAAAUCUGAAUAUAGAGUGUGGACAGUGGUUUGAGGGAGUAUUUAAUAGUUUAUGUGAUAUUUAUUUUUAAAAAGCUGGCACGUUUUUCUGCGAAUGUAAAGGUGUUGUUUUUCAAAACUGUUUUUGUCCAAAUAAAAUGCUGAUGAAAAGGUUGAAAAAUAAAGUAGUUUACAGAAGGUGAAUGCAGUUUAAUCAUAUCACAAUAGCAUUCAUACUUAUCUCUUUUUUUAGCUCACCUGAGCACAACGUGCUCAUGUUGAGCUUUUGUGAUCGCUUUUUGUCCGUCGUGAGUUGUGCGUCGUCAAUAUUUGCCUUGUGAACACUCUAGAGGCCACAUUUAUUGUCCGAUCUUCAUGAAACUUGGUCAGAACAUUUGUCCCAUUGAUACCUCAACUGAGUUCGAAACUGGGUCGUGCUGGGUCAAAAACUAGGUCACUAGGUCAAAAAAAGAAAAACCUUGUGAAUAAAGUCACAUUUGAUGCACAAUCUUCGUGUAACUUUGACAAAAUGUUUGUCUAAAUAAUAUGUUGGUUGAGUUCAAAAAUGGUUCCGGUCCGUUGGAAAACAUGGCCGCCAGGGGGCGGGGCAGUAUUCCUUAUAUGGCUAUAGAGAAACCUUGUGAACACUCUAGAAGUCACAAUUUUUGCCCAAUCAUCAUAAAACUUGGUCAAAGCAUUGGUUUCAUUGAUAUCUCAGACGAGUUCCAGAAUGGUCCAGAUAGGUGAAAAACAUGGCCGCCAGGGGGCGAGGCAGUUUUCUCUAUAUGUACAUAGUGAAAACAUGUGAACACUCUAGAAGUCACAUUUUGGUCCAAUCUUCAUGAAAUUUGGUCAGAACAUGUGUUUUCUGGAUAUGACGGUUGGGUUUGAAAAUGGUUCGGAUCGGUAAUAUUAUAAGCAUGGCUGCCAGGGGGGGGGGGGGGUCAUUUGCCUUAUAUUUAUAUUGUAAAAAAAGCUUGUGAACACUCUAGAAGUCAUAUUUUUUGCCUAAUCAUCAUAAAAAAUAUUCUAAACAUCGAUUUGUAUAGAUAUCUCGGACGAGUUCGAAAAUGGUCAUGAUGGGUGGAAAAACAUGGCCGCCAGGGGGUGGGGCAGUUUUCUCUAUAUGUAUAUGUGAACAGUCUGUUAAAGAAAGAUAACCUGCACAUGCAUACUUUCUAAUAGUUAACUCCCUUGUUGAAACCUUGUAAACACUCUAGAGGCCACAUUUAUUGUCCAAUGUUCAUGAAAUUUGGUCAGAAGAUUGGUCUCAAUGAUAUCUUGAAUGAGUUUGAAAAUGGUUACAUUUGCUUGAAAAACAUGGCUGCCAAGGGGCGGGGCAUUUUUCCUUAUAUGGCUAUAGUAAAACCUUGUUAACAAUCUAGAGGCCACAUUUUCUUGUCAUAUCUUCAUGAAAUUUGGUCAGACGAUUGGUCUCAAUGAUAUCUUGGAUGAGUUCGAAAAUGGUUACGUUUGCUUGAAAAACAUGGUUGUCAUGGGGCGGGGAAUUUUUCCAUAUAUGGCUAUAGUAAAAUCAUGUUAACACUCUAGAGGCCACAUUUAUUGUCCUAUCUUCAUGAAACUUUGUCAGGAGAUUCAUCCCAAUAAUAUCUUGGAAGAGUUCAAAAAUGAUGCUAGUUGGUUGAAAAACAUGGCCGCCAGGGGGUGGGGCAUUUUUCCUUAUAUGGCUAUAGUAAAACCUUUUUAACACUCUAGAGGCCACAUUUAUUUUCCAAUCUUCAUGAAACUUGGUCAGAAGAUUUGUCCCAAUGAUAUCUUUGAUGUGUUCGAAAAUAGUUUCGGUUGCUUUAAAAACAUGGCCACCAGGGGGCGGGGCAUUUUUCCUGAUAUGGCUAUAUAUGGCUUUAGUAAAACCUUGUUAACACUCUAGAGGCCACAUUUAUUGUCCAAUCUUCAUGAAACUUGGUCAGAAGAUUGGUCUCAAUGAUAUCUUGGAUGAGUUUGAAAAUGUUUACGUUUGUUCGAAAAACAUGGCUUUCAAGGGGCGGGGCAUUUUUCCUUAUAUGGCUAUAGUAAAAUCUUGUUAACACUCUAGAGGCCACAUUUAUUGUCGGAUCUUCAUGAAACUUGGUCAGAAGAUUCAUCCCAAUAAUAUCUUGGACGAGUAUAAAAAAUGAUGCUGGUUGGUUGAAAAACAUGGCCGCCAGGGGGCGGGGCAUUUUUUCUUAUAUGGCUAUUGUAAAAUCUUGUUAACACUCUUGAAUUCACAUUUAAUUUCCUAUCUAAAUGAAACUUGGUCAGAAGAUUUGUCCCAAUGAUAUCUUGGAUAAGUUAGAAAAUGGUUUCGGUUGCUUUAAAAACAUGGCCACCAGGGGGCGGGGCAUUUUUCCUAAUAUGGCUAUAUAUUGCUUUAGUAAAACCUUAUUAACACUCUAGAGGCCACAUUUAUUGUCGGAUCAUCAUGAAACUUGGUCAGACGAUUUGUCCCAAUGAUAUAUUGGAUGAGUUCGAAAAUGGUUCCGGUUGGUGGUAAAACAUGGCCGCCAAGGGGGCAUGGCAUCUUUCCUUAUAUGGCUAUAGUAAAACCCUGUUUACACUCUAGAAGUCAUAUUUAUUGUACGAUGAUCACGAAACUUUGUCAGGAGAUAUGUCCCAAUGAUAUCUUGGACAAGUUCGAAAAUGGUUCCAGUUGCUUGAAAAACAUGGCCACCAAUGGGCAGGGCAUUUUUCCUUAUAUGGACUUAUGAAUCUUCAUGAAACUUUGUCAGUAUAUUUGUUUUAAUGAUAUCUUGGAUGUGUAUGAAAAUGGUUCUGGUCUGUUGAAAAACGUGGCUGCCAGGGUGUUCACUAGUCAUGAAAGUUGGUAAGAACAUUUUUUUCUAAUGACAUCUUGGGCUGCACAGAACAGGUCAGUUCCUUUGAAUCUCAGGUGAGCGACUUUGGGCCUUUCAGGCCCUCUUGAUUUGUUUUUUUUCUCUUUAUGUCACCAACAUUUUCUUUUCUUUGAAAACAUUUAAAUAUAUAUAUAAUAAAAUACCUGUACUUUCUUCAGAUGUCGGAUUGAUUCCAGUGUCACAAAUGACUGCAGUAUAACUAAAAUUAUGAUUGUGAUACUGAUAACAUUUUGUCCAUUUAUGACACAUGAACAUCUAUGAAAAUUAUGUCAUCUUACUACAAAUAGGUUAGGAUUAACUUCCUGACUUAAAAAAGAUAAUUAAUGGGUUGCUAAAUGUAUUGAACAGCGUACAGAAUGCUUGUAUUUGAAAACAUCAUGUUGUAAAAUGUGUUACAUAUUAAUUUAUUUUUAUCACGCUAUUCAUUUGCAAUUUUUGUUUUUAAAUUUAGUGUUUUUGCAAGACCUGACAUUGUCUUUAAAUCAUAGAUGUAUUCAUUUGAAAAGCUCCCGGAAUCAAAAUACACAUGUACUGUCAUUUUUUUGUAUGUUUGUCAUUUCCCAUGCCGAGUAAUUGCGGUUGCGAUAGUCAGAUGGGUGCCAUGGUAGAUUGUGGGAUCCUUGUUUAUUUUCUUAACAUAUGUAAAUAGUUGAAAUCUUAUUUAUUUCAAUUUGGGAAUGAAACCAAAUGAAUAAAACUUGAGAAUUUUGUUA